CUUUAACAAAGUGGAAAAGUGGCUCUGCUGGCUUUUUUGCAGGGUGUCUUUGCUAUUGGCAGCGUUGAAAUUUCUGUAGGUCGGUCGGAAAUGGCGAGCAGCAAUGGCUGCUUUGAGAGUGCGACAAUGCUCGCCUUCGACCGCGCCCCUGAGAAGAUUUUGCCACCCGAGGUUCUCAGGCGUGCGAUUUCAAAGGAUUUCUCCGAGCCUGUGACUACAAGGCUGAAUCUUCCACGUUCUAUGAGGCGCAGUGAACCAAAGAAAAAUCCUGGAUCUUUUCUUUUUAAAGGAGCAGACCCCACCACAUUUUCAGUCCUUCCCUCACAGGAAGAGCUGGAUUUAAUUGAAAGAUACAAACAGGGAGUAAUAAACUCAGUAUCUGCCUUGCAUCUGUUUGCCAAAACACACCACCUGCGGCUUGAAUUGAAAGAAACGAGUGUGGCAGGUGAUAUCAUAAGGCCUUACUUUGCCUUUUGUGCUGUGAUAAAUGGUGUUUGCUACAAGACUGGACUGGGAAAGAACAAGAAGGAGUCCAAGUUAAAUGCAGCUAAACUGGCUCUUGCUGAGCUGCUUAACUUGGAGAACACAGGGGCAAAGUCUUUUGAAGAUUCAGAUUUUUCCUGUGUUCCCGCUGAACUCCGACCUCCAGGAAACACUCCUUGUGUUUCAAGGACUGGAGGAGAACACACCUAUCAAAAGCUCUCACAAACACUGGAGGAAGUGUUUAACCGCCUGACAACCCAGCACCCCGAGUACCACAGCUGCGGCAGUUCCCUGGCUGCCUUCAUCAUUGAAAAGGGUGGGCAGCAUGAAGUGGUAGCUCUGGGGACAGGAGAAUGCAACUACAGCCGGAGGUUCGAGUCCUGUGGGAGGCUCUUGCACGACAGCCAUGCCACUGUCACUGCCAGGCGUUCCCUUCUCAGAUAUUUGUACCGGCAUCUUUUGCUGUUCUAUAACAAAAACCCAGCCAAGGCGGAGAGAUCCAUAUUUUGCACAGCACCAGGCUCAAAGCUGCUUACCUUGAAGCAAAAUAUAACUCUCUCCCUCUACAUGAACCAGCUUCCAAAAGGAACUGCUCAGUUAAAAUCAGAGGUGCAUCUUGGUCCCCAGUCCAUAUCUGCUUAUGAAGCCAGUGAAGAGCUGAGUCUGCACGUUGCUCUAGAAGGCAGGAUUUACCUGGCUGCUUGCUGUCCCCCCAAGACUGUCAGAGUGAGCAGCAUGUCAGCUGGGGACAAACUCACCAAGUGGGAGGUGGUUGGUCUUCAGGGAGCCUUGCUGAGCCACUUCAUUGAGCCUGUGUACAUCAGCAACAUUCUUGUGGGAAAUGGAAGCUGUAAGGAUACAAAAGGACUGGACAUAACCAUAAAGCAGCGCCUUGAUGAUGAACUUAUUUCAAAGCUUCCUGUGCCUUACCUGGUCAACAGAUCUCAUAUUUACUUGGUGAAAGCUGCGCUGCCAAUCCAAACAGAUUUGAACCAGUGGUCACUUAGUUUGAAUUGGACAUUGUCAGAUGCAUCCCUGGAGGUUGUGGAUGGAUUGAGUGGGAAAACCACUGAGAGCUCGCCGUUCCGCAGCGGCACCUGCCUGGCCAGCCGCCUGUGCAAGGCCGCCAUGUUCAGCCGCUUCCGCAUGCUCGCCAGCGAAGCAGGACGGGCUGAUCUGCUCCAGUUUGCCACGUACCACGAGGCCAAGGUUAAAUCUCAGUUGUACCAAGAAGCUAAAAGCCUGCUGCAGAGCUACUUAGAGCAGCACAGUUAUGGAUCAUGGAUUGUGAAGUCUCCACACAUUGAGCAGUUCAGUGAUUGAUGGAGGUGGAUUGAAUGUUAAGUCAGUUUGAAUGAUCUGUUUCAGUAAAUAGAGUUCUGAGUAGUGAAAUGUUCAACUUUAAGUUCAUAGUUGCAGGAUGAAGACAAUUACAGAACUGCUUUUUGUCAGUUUGAAUGCAGUUAUUAAACCACCUGUAGCAGUUCAGUUUUUUCCCAGAAUGGAUGUUUUCCUAUAGGUAAAUCUGUUUUGCCACGUACCUCAUUUCAGCUCCCUCAACCCUGUUCCUACAAAUCCCCACCCCAUGGAGUUGAUAACUUUUCCUGAUAUUUUCAUGAUUUCUAUAUAUUGAUUUCUUC